AGACAAACUUUACAAUUUAAUAAACAGGUUACAUAGAUAUCAUACAUACUUUUUUCUCAAGGCGCUUAUACGCCUAUUAAACUGAAUAAAAAAAAAGGAUAAAGGAAAUGCCAAAUUUGUGCAUUUUACCAAAAAUUAUAUAAACAUUACUUGCCCAAUUUGUUAAUAGCAAUAAGUCAGUGCAAAAAAUCUAAUUUUCAUUGAUUUGGAACACAUUAUUAUAUUAUUGUAUGUGAUUAUAAGCUAAUUGUGGUAUAUGUACUUGGCGGCACAAGAACGUACACUUCUAUUUUAUUGUUUUAUGAAUAACUCGAUAUUACCGUGAAGUUUAUCUGAAAUAAUAUUCGCACAAGAUUAUAAUCUGCCUCAUCAAUAGAUUAUACUUGCAGCUAAGACCUACAGGACGCGAAUUUCCUUCUAGAGAAUCCACAUAGCGCUAUUGACGCUCGGUUCAGCAUUUUUCCCUACAUAUAGAACAUUAUCAAACAAUGUACCGUGUUUGAAUUAAAAAUGUAGUGUGGAAACAUUAUAUAGAAUUAAAUUAUAUAUAUCUAUUAUUUAAAUAUGAAACUUAGAAUUCAAAUACAUAUGACAUAGCUUUAUUUUCAAAUUGUUUACUUGCAAAUAUUUCUAACCAUCCCUAUGGGUACUCACUGACCCUAAUAAGAAAACUUGAUCUGUUUAGAAUACUUAUAUAUACACAAUGGAUAAUAUUGAUAAUACUGUAUCUGUAUUAGCAAUGUUAGAUAAUCAAUCAACAACUUAUAAACCCAAUAUGGAAAUUACACCUUUUAAUCAAAAUCAUUCUAUGAAUCAAGAAGAAACUGAACUUAGUGAAAGCAGUAAACAAAGUAUUAUUUGGACAAAAAAUGCAACAUGUAUGCUCUUGAAUUUAUAUGAAACCAAGAUGCAUAUGCUUGACAAUCCAAAAAAGAAAUCAAAAAUGUGGACAUCAAUAGCUGAAGAAUUAAAAGCAAUUAAUAUUGAGGUAACUCCAGAUCAAGUGAGAUGGAAAAUAAAUGCUUUAACAAAAAAAUAUAAAGACUGUAUUGAUAAUGGGCAAGGAUCAACAACAUUUAAAUAUUUUAAUGAAAUGCAUCAAAUUCUAGGGCGCUAUAAUAAUGAAGGUAAUGCAUACAGAUUGGCAUCUGGUGUGAUGCAGAGUGAUGAAACUGUUGAUAAAGAAAGACUCAAAAGGAAUUUGUCAUCAAAAUCUACAGUUCCUUUUCGAAGACUUAGAGCAGAACGAAGAGCUAAGUUGGAAUUGGAUAAACAAUGGAUAGAGUACCUUAGGAGACAAGAAGAACAUAGACUAGAAAGAGAUGAAAGAUGUGAAAGGAGUUUAAGAUUAAGAGAGGAAGAAUUACAGUUAAAAAAAAAAAGAACUAGAAAUAAAAAAGUCUAUAGCUUUAAAAAAAUUACAGUUAAAGGAAAAAAAACAAGAGGAAAUUCUCAAAAUAGAAAGAGAAAAAUGUGCUUUACUCAGGAAAUUGUUAGAAGACCAAUGAAAUCCUAUCACAAUACAGAGAAAUUAGGAACUUGCAAUGAAAGAAGCACCAAUGAUGAUACACAAAUUACUUAUAGUAAUGAAUCAGAAGAAUUAAAAUUAAAUUCUAAUGGAAGUAGUGAAAAACAAAGUGCUGUGUGGACAACAAAAUCAACCAUUACCCUUUUAAAACUAUAUGAAUCCAAGUUAGAAAUGCUUGAAACACCAAAAAAGAAGACUAGAAUCUGGAUUGCAAUAUCAGACAGUCUGAAAAAAUGUGGCAUUGAGAUGACUCCUGAUCAAGUAAGAUGGAAAAUAAAUGCUUUAGCAAAAAAAUAUAAACAGUGUAUUGAUAGUGGACAACAUAAGAAAUUUAGAUAUUUCAAAGAAAUGGAUAGUAUUUAUUCACAAUACAAUGUUGAUUGUGAUUCAUAUACAAUAUCAGAAAUACUAAAAAAGAAGAGAAAUGGGAGUAAACAAUCUACAUCAAAUGAAUUAGAUGCUACUUCUGGAUCAGAAAGCAAAGCAAUGAUUGAACUGAGAAAGUUCAGAUUAGCCAGUAGAAUAGAAUCUGAGAGAACACAAACAAAACUAAAUAUAGAAAGACAAUGGUUAGAAUAUCUAAGGCAGCAGGAACAACACAGACUUGUUAAAGAGGAUUUAAUUGAGAGGCAGUUAAAAUUAAAAGAGGAAGAGCUGGAGCUGAGAAGAAGAGAAGUGGCACUAAAAGAAGCACUUGAAUGCAAGAAAAUUGAAUUAGCUGAAAAGGAUGUUAACGAAAUUUUACAGAUACAAAGAGAAAAAUGUGCAUUGUUAAUGCAAUUAUUUUCAUGACAUCUAUACUAUAUAUAUGUGUGGCUCAAAACUAUUAUAUAAAUAUAAGUAAAGCUAAUACUUAGAGAUGUUUUCAGCUAUGUAACAUAUUAAUAUAUUAACUGCUAUUAAUAAAUAAAUAUAUUAUUAUUAUUAUUAA